AUGACCAUCCUCAUCCUCGGCGGACGCGGAAAAACCUCCAGCCGGCUCGCCUCGAUUCUCUCCACCAGAGCCCCGGAGAUCCCCUUCAUCGUCGCAUCACGAACCACUUCCCCACCCUCCCCCCACAAACAGGCAAUAUUUGACUGGCUCGAUGAAUCUACCUGGGGACAGCCGUUUGAAAUGGCCUCGACAUCAUCGGCUUUUACGCUGGGCCCUAUUUCCGCGGUGUACAUUGUCUCCCCGCCCGUCGUAGAUUUAUUCCCGUUGGCCAAAAGAUUUAUUGACUUUGCGAGGGAGAAGGGGGUGAAGAGGUUUGUGCUGCUGAGUGCCAGCACGUUCGAGAAGGGUGGGCCGCUGAUGGGGAAAGUGCAUGAAUAUUUGGCUGGGCUGGGGGAGGAGAUUGCGUGGACAGUGUUGCGGCCGACUUGGUUUAUGCAAAAUGUAUCCGAAGCCCAAUUCCUCCCGUUCAUUAAAGGGGAAGACAAAAUAUAUUCAUCAACGGGCGAGGGAAAGAUCCCGUUCGUAUCCACAGACGACAUUGCCCGUGUGGCUUUCCAUGCCUUGACAGAUGAACGCCCGCAUAACACAGAUCAUCUCAUUUUGGGACCGGAGCUGCUGUCGUAUGGCGACAUAGCAGAUAUUCUGUCCUCUGUUCUCGGCAGGAAGAUCACUCAUGUCAGCUUAUCCGAAGCCGACUAUGUAGCCUGGCUGAUGAGCGCCACUGGUGUAUCAGAGAAUUAUGCGAAGAUGCUGGCGGGCCUCGAGAUCCCCAUUAGGAAUAGGGAGCUGGAAGAGGUGAAUGAUGUUGUAGAAAGGGUGACUGGGAAAGCUCCGAUGACAUUCAGCGAGUUCGCCGAAGUGGCGAAGGAGUGCUGGUUAUGA